AUGGCUCCUGCUGCUGCCCAUGCGGCUGAGGGCAUCAUCACGUCCAUCGAUGUGGACUCGAUGCCGCCUUUCUGGCGCCGGAAAAAUGGAAUUUUGCUCUAUUUUCUCUUAACAUCCUCCCUGCUUGCAAGUGCAGCGCUCGGUAUCGACGGGUCCAUGACGAAUGGCAUGCAGGUCUUGGAAUCCUGGCAAAACCGAUUCGGACAUCCCGAAGGUGCCAAGUUGGGCUUCUUCGGCGCGGCCAAUGCCAUUGGCGGCGUGAUUCCCUUCAUAUUCCUGAGUUGGAUCGGUGACAAGUUUGGUCGACGCUUACCAACCGCACUGGGGUCCGUCAUCAUUAUCACCGGCGUGAUCAUUGAAUUCUUUGCUACGUCGUUGAACAUGUACAUUGGAGGGAAGAUCGUGCUGGGCGUAGGAUCUUCGCUCAUUCAAAUGGGUGCUCCUGUCUUGGUCACUGAGUUAUCUCAUCCCAAGGAGCGUGUUCAAAUCACCACUUUCUACAACACUUCGAUCGUGCUUGGAUAUGUCAUUGGUGCCUGGGCCACAUUUGGCUGCUACAGAAUCUCUAGCCAGUGGUCUUGGAGGCUUCCAACUUUAAUCCAAGUCGUUCCUUCGGCAUAUCAAUUCUGUCUGAUUUGGUUCUGUCCUGAAUCCCCUCGCUGGCUGAUUGCAAAGGGCCGCCACCAGGAAGCGCGCCAAAUACUAAUCAAGUAUCACGGGGAGUGCGAUCCUAACUCCGAGCUGGUCAAUGUCGAGUGUGCCGAGAUCCAACAGGCUCUGGAUAAAGAAGUCGAGAGUAACAUGACGUGGAAAGACUUCUUUUCUUCUCGAGCUAAUCUCAAGCGCAUCUUUCUCUGCUUUGCGACUGCAGUAUUCAGCCAAAGCUCUGGUAACUUGCUUGUCUCGAAUUAUCUCACACAAAUUCUCAAAGACACGGGCCUGAAGACGGAGUACGAAAUCACACUUGUGAAUGGAAUGGUCACAUUGUGGCAAUACAUUGUCGCCAUUUUCGUCACAUUGAUUAUCGAUCGAUUCCGCCGCCGCUUCUUCUUCCUUACCGGGUCCGGUGGCGUUCUCGUCACCUUCAUUGUGUGGACGAUUGCCGCUCAACAAUACCUGGAACACAAUUCAUUAACCGCCGGCCGUGUUGUGAUCGCUUGUAUCUUCUUUUUCCAAGCGUUUUACACUUUUGCGUGGACCAACCUUAUUGUCACGUACCCUCUCGAAGUUGUCACUCUUCAAAUGCGAGCCAAGACGUGGGCAUUCGUUCUACUCACGAUUCAAGUAGCAUCUAUCUUUGGAAGCUACGUCAACCCUAUUGGACUGAAAAACAUUGGGUGGAAAUUCUAUAUCUAUUAUGAUAUAUGGGUGUUCAUCGUCUUCCUCGUCGUUUACUUCUUCUUCGUUGAGACAGCUGGUCCCACCCUUGAGGAGCUGGCCUAUCUGUUUGAAGGGGAGGAUACGAAGCGUGAGCUAGUUGAGAAGAUUGAAGAGAAGAAAGAACAAGUUCAAUACGAAGAGCAUGUGGAGGGCAAGUCUGCCUAA